CUCAUUAAAUACUUUUUAGCUUUUCUGGUCAUUUGUUACACACUGCAUUCAAAAGCACCAUGAGCAAUAACAAUAUUCACAUAUUGUAAUUCUCCUUUAAACAAUAUAGGAGCAAGUAGUGGGCACAUGUCAGUUACGGAUACUUCACAAAAUGAGACAUUGGAGGUUGGACCUGGGAAUUUGAAGAUGUCCAUUUCAUCAACAUCUAGACAACUGAAACGUAUGACAAAUUAUAGAACAAGGGUGAAAGAUUUGGAUGUGGAACUUGAAAGUACUAAGUAGAAAAGUAAACAAAAGCCGUAACAAGCCAUCUUAAUUGAAAGGGAAAGAGUUACUCAAAUGCAUUGGGAUAUGGAAGAACUUUGUAGGAAGUAUUUGGAGAUGGAGUCGAAGCUCAAGUUCAAACAGGAUGAAAAGAUUCGUUCGGAGUUGGCAAAAGUGUCCGCCAUUCAUGAGAAGGAGCUGUUGCUGCCGGAAUUGGAUGUUGCAAAAGAACAAUUUAAGAACCUGCAGAAACAUCAAGAAGAGCUGGAAAUAAAAUCAAAAGAGGAUAUUAAACUUCUUGUCAAAGAAGUUAAACAUGCAAGAUUGGAAAGUUUUAGGAGAGGCUUGAGCAAAGUGAAGUAUUGUUUAUUUAGAAAUGUGAAUGUAGGAUACAUUGCAUGAUUUGAUUGCUAUUUGUAAUAAAUGCAUCAUUUUUUUUCCUGAUUGCAUUUUAUGUACUAUUCCUAUCAGCAUUAAUUAUAUUAGCUUAGAUGAGUUGAUCA